AGUCAAAGAAAUCUACCCGAAAUGGCGGUGAAGGGGUUAUGCGCAUCGGUCGAUGACUUCCUGAAGCAGUGUGAGCAUUCCGGCGACGCCGCGUACGGUGCACUCCGAUCACUUCUGGAGCGGCUCGAGGAUCCGACUACCAGGAAGGAGGCUCGGAUCUUCCUCUCUAUUCUCCAGAAACGCUUCGACUCUGGUGAUAACUCCGAGCAAUGCCUCAAAUCGUACCAUUUCCAAAUUCAAGACAUAUUCCUUGAGCAGUACGAAGGCUUUCAGAAGAGAACGAAGUUGACCAUGUUGUUGAUUCCUAGUAUAUUUAUUCCGGAAGACUGGUCCUUUACCUUUUACGAAGGGCUAAACCGGCACCCUGAUUCAAUAUUCGAGGACAAAACAGUUGCAGAGCUUGGGUGUGGAAAUGGAUGGAUAUCCAUCGCGAUUGCAGAGAAAUGGUCACCUCUGAAGGUCUAUGGGCUUGAUAUAAAUCCCAGAGCAAUAAAGAUAUCCUGGAUAAAUCUUUACUUGAAUGCUUUGGAUGACAAUGGCGAACCCAUCUAUGAUGCGGAAAAGAAGACAUUACUGGACAGGGUUGAAUUUCAUGAAUCUGAUCUUCUAGGUUAUUGCAUAGAUAAUAACAUUGAACUGGAGAGAAUUGUUGGAUGCAUACCUCAGAUUCUUAACCCAAACCCAGAUGCAAUGUCAAAGAUGAUCACAGAAAAUGCUAGUGAAGAAUUUUUGUUUUCUCUGAGCAACUACUGUGUACUCCAGGGCUUUGUCGAGGACCAGUUUGGCUUAGGGCUCAUUGCAAGAGCUGUUGAAGAAGGAAUUUCAGUCAUAAAACCAAUGGGCAUUAUGAUCUUUAAUAUGGGAGGUCGUCCAGGGCAGGGUGUCUGUAAACGCUUAUUUGAGCGCCGUGGUCUCCAUGUUACAAAGCUUUGGCAGACGAAAAUUCUUCAGGCUGCUGACACAGAUAUUUCAGCUCUAGUUGAGAUCGAAAAGAAUAGUCCUCACCGCUUUGAGUUUUUCAUGGGACUAGUUGGAGAUCAACCAAUAUGUGCUCGAACGGCAUGGGCCUAUGGCAAAUCUGGUGGUCGGAUUUCUCAUGCUUUGUCUGUAUACAGUUGUCAACUGCGCCAACCAAAUCAGGUCAAAAAGAUAUUCGAGUUCGUCAAGAAUGGGUUCCGUGAUAUUAGCAAUUCUUUAGAUUUAUCAUUUGAAGAUGACGCUGUUGCAGAUGAGAAGAUACCAUUCCUAGCUUAUCUUGCCAGUGUUCUAAAGGAGAGUGCAUGUUUUUCAUAUGAGCCGCCUGCAGGGAGCAAGCGAUUUCGAAAUCUCAUUGCGCGCUUUAUGAAGACAUAUCAUCACAUCCCACUUACUGCUGAUAAUGUUGUUGUGUUUCCUUCAAGAGCAGCUGCUAUUGAGAAUGUUUUUCGAUUGUUCUUGCCAAGUCUUGCCAUUGUUGACGAACAGUUGUCGCGACAGCUGCCCAGACAAUGGUUAACAUCACUGAACCUCGAGAAGAAAGAAGCCGAAGGUUCUUCAGAAAACAAAAUAACUGUCAUUGAAGCUCCACGCCAAUCAGAUUCUAUGGUUGAACUGAUAAAGAAAUUGAAGCCGCAACUAGUAAUUACUGGGAUGGCUCAUUUUGAAUCAGUUACUAGCUCAGCUUUUGAGCUCCUUUUAAACACUACAAAAGAAAUUGGGUGCCGUCUGUUUAUAGAUAUAUCUGACCAGUUUGAGUUAUCUAGCCUGCCUAGUUCCAACGGUGUCCUGAAAUAUCUUGCUGAGACUCCUCUUCCUUCACAUGCAGCAAUUGUUUGUGGCUUAUUAAAAAAUAAGGUUUAUUCAGAUCUUGAGGUAGCUUUUGUGAUAUCAGAAGAAGAAAAAAUGUAUAAAGCAUUGUCGAAGGUUGUGGAACUGUUGCAAGGGGGUACAUCAUUAAUUAGCCAAUACUAUUAUGGCUGUCUUUUUCAUGAACUUUUAGCCUUUCAGCUUGCUGAUCGACAUCCACCCUUAGAGAGACGAGGUGAAAAGGCAAAAGCAUGCAACAUGAUUGGUUUUCCUAGUUUUGUUGUCUCAGUCCUUGAUCAGUCUGAGUUGGCUGUAAAUGAAGCUGACAGUUAUGUCCCUAUUCACAUGGAUUUAGAUCAGAGCUUUUUGCCCAUUGCGACUCCUGUGAAGGCUGCUAUAUUUGAGAGUUUUGUGAGACAAAAUGUUGCCGAAUCAGAAAUUGAUGUGACGAACAACAUCAGGCAGCUUCUUAAGAGCAAUUAUGGUUUUCCAACAAACCACACUACGGAAUUUGUUUAUUCAGAUAGCACUUUGGCCCUUUUCAAUAAGUUGGUCCUAUGUUGUAUCCAGGAAGGUGGAACUAUAUGCUUCCCAUCUGGCUCAAAUGGAAAUUAUGUCGCUGCUGCAAAGUUUCUUAAGGCAAAUGUUGUAAAUAUUCCCACCAAUUAUUGUCAAGGAUUUAAGUUGACCGAGAAGAUACUUGGCGGAGUACUGGAGACGGUCAGUAAACCCUGGAUCUAUAUUUCAGGGCCCACUGUGAGUCCCACUGGCCACCUGUACAGCAGUGAUGAGAUAAAAUCUAUAUUAUCCUUAUGUGCGAAAUUUGGAGCAAGGGUUGUACUUGACAUUUCAUUCUCUGGAGUGGAAUUCAACCCCAAUAGCUGGGGUGGUUGGGACCUGGAGGACACACUGUUGAAAUUAAGGCCUACAAAUCCGUCAUUUUGUGUCUCUCUGCUUGGGGGAUUGUUUAUGAAGAUGCUUACUGGAGGGCUUGCCUUCGGAUUUCUGCUUCUUAACCAUCCCGUUUUAGUUGAUGGGUUCCAUAACUUAUCUGGUUUAAGCAAACCCCACAGCACAAUAAGGUACACAGUGAAGAAGCUGUUGGAUCUUAAAGAGCUAAAAACGAGAGGGCUUCUCGACGUGAUGGAAGGUCAGCAAAAGAUUCUGUGUAAUAAAUAUCAGCGCCUAAAGGAGACCCUUGAAAAUUGUGGGUGGGAUGUGCUUGAAGCCCACUCUGGUGUUUCUUUGGUGGCAAAGCCCACUGCAUACCUUGGCAAGACUAUCAAAGUAAAUAAAGAUUCAAAUUCCUGGGAAGCCAAGAUUGAUGACUCGAAUAUAAGGGAAUCCAUGUUCAGGAGCACCGGUUUAUGCAUCAAUAGUUCUUCAUGGACUGGGCUCCCAGGUUUCUGCCGUUUCGCCUUUGCCUUGGAAGAUUGUGAGUUCGAUCGUGCUCUGGCCUGCAUUGUUAAAUUCAAAGAACUGACUGGCAAUUGAAAUACUGAUGAUAGUAGUGGUCAGGUGGGGUCUGUCUAAUAUUUUCCUCUCACAACUUCGGUGUUGUGAAAUAAACUCAUUUAUAUGCGGGCAAAAAAAUCACAACGAAUAAUUGCUCAGGCUACUGAUUGAAUUCUACGUUUCUGUGAUUGCUUAUGCAGUUAUGUGCAAAUGAAUGACAUUUUUUUCAUGUACUAAUGUAUAUUCAUGAUGAUGCCUGUUUUGGAAUUUCAUCUCCUCACUGUUUUGUGUGGGCAUGAAUCUACAGUUUUAACCAAUAUAAGAUAAUCAAAUGAAGUUAUCAUGCUCUAC